AUGGAGUUUCUACAGACACAAUUGGUACAACUCCAGCACCAAAAUGAAGCACUGCAGCAACAACUUCGUCAAAUGCAGGAACAGCAACAUCAUCAGAAUGAACAACCGGCGUUGCCAUUGGAAGUUAACCGGGAGUCUACUAAAUACUCCUAUGUGAUAUCGCAUUUGGAUGAGCGGUACGCAAAUGAAGUCGAGGAUUUGAUCACCACUCCUCCUGCUGAUAAUCCAUACACCACCCUCAAGACUGAAAUAAUACGUCGUCUGUCCGUCUCAGAAGAGCGUCGUGUACGACAACUCCUUGUCGAAGAAGAACUCUGUGACCGUACUCCUUCUCAAUUUCUCCGUCAUUUGCGAUCUCUAGUCGGCAGUACCACUGGUCAAGACAACCUUCUCCGCACCAUUUGGAUGCAACGCCUUCCUGCGCACGUUCAAGCCAUGUUACAACCUCAAAUCGGUCAAACCGGUCUUACUACCGACACGCUCGCCGUUACAGCGGACAAGAUCAUAGAGAUUCAGCCUGGUACGACCUUUAACACUGCUUCUAAUUCCGCAGAAGUGCACGCUGCUUCCAUUACACCUGGUACCUAA